AGGUCGUUACCUGGUAGCGCUGGGGCGUUCUUGGCACCCAGAGGAGUUUACGUGUUCACAGUGUAAGGUGGUCCUGGACGAAGGGGGCUUCUUCGAGGAGAGAGGGUCUGUUUACUGCACCAAGUGCUACGAUAACCGAUACGCUCCUAACUGUGCCAAGUGCAAAAAGAAGAUCACAGGGGAAAUCAUGCAUGCACUGAAGAUGACCUACCAUGUUCAGUGUUUCAAGUGUGCAGCCUGCAAGACUCCCAUCAGGAACCAAGCCUUCUACAUGGAGGAGGGCGAACCCUACUGUGAGAAAGGUGAGAAAUU